GCGUGAGGGAAGUUGUCAGGGCGGUCUUGGUGGGGGUGAGGAGGAGUGACUGGGGAGAGCGCGCGCUUGAGGAGAAAGCGAUCCUUUCCUUGGGCUCCCAGAAAGCCGCGGAGGCUGCCGCAGUUACACAGAGGAGACUUCUUUAUACUGAGAAGCAAUGGAAGAAGGAGCAAGUCCAAUGCAGCCAGACAAUGAAAACCAGAUAUCAGAUUCUGAAGAUGGAUGCGGGUGGCAAGUUACAGACAUGACUAGACUGCGCCGUUUCUUGUGUUUUGGUUCCGAAGGAGGUGCAUUCUAUGUCAAGGAACAGAAACUGAGCUUUGAAAGUGUAGAUGCUCUUUUGAGGCUUAUUGAAGGUGGCAAAGGUUAUGAAGCAGUGCAAGAAAUAAAGACAUUCAGCCAGGAAGGUAGAGCAGCAAAACAGGAUCCAGUAUUGUUUGCGCUUGCCAUUUGUUCACAAUGUUCUGAUGCCAAAACCAAACAAGAAGCUUAUAAGGCUGUCCCUGAAAUUUGUCAUAUACCAACCCACCUCUUCACUUUCAUCCAGUUUAAAAAGGAUCUGAAGGAAGGCAUGAAAUGUGGCAUGUGGGGCCGGGCCCUGAGAAAAGCUGUUUCAGUUUGGUACAAUGGAAAGAAUGACAUGGCGAUUGCUUUAGCGGUGACAGCAUACAAGAAGAAAAAUGGCUGGUGUCAUAAAGACCUUCUCAGGUUAUCACAUCUAAAGCCUGCAAAUGAAGGCCUGGCCAUUGUCACUAAGUAUGUAAUGAAGGGAUGGAAGGAAGUCCAAGAGACAUAUAAAGAGAGCAGGCUUUCUGCUGAGGCUGAAAAAGUGUUGACGUAUUUGGAAGCAGUGGAAAGGGUAAAGCAUACAACGGAUGAACUGGAAGUGAUUCAUUUGAUAGAAGAGCAUAGUUUAGUUAGAGAACACCUCCUGACAAGUCACUUGAAAUCUAAAGAGGUAUGGAAAGCACUGCUACAGAACAUGCCCGUAACAGCAAUAUUGAAGAACCUGGGAAAAAUGACAGCAAAUUCUGUUCUUGAACCGGGAAGCUCAGAGGUAGCAAUGGUUUGUGAAAAAUUAAAAAAUGAAAAACUUCUUAAAAAGGCUCAGAUACACCCAUUCCAUAUUUUGGUUGCAUUAGAAAACUAUAAAGGAGAGCGUGGUUAUCGGGGAAAACUGCGCUGGCAACCAGAGAAGGACAUCUUGGAAGCUCUAAAUACUUCAUUUUACAAGUCCUUCAAGGCAUUAGAACCAAUGGGAAAGCGUAUCUUAGUUGCUGUUGAUGUUAGUGAUUCUAUGUUACAAAAGGUUUUUGGUAGCGUGCUGAAUGCUAGUACCAUUGCUGCAACAAUGUGCAUGGUUGUGGCACGCACUGAAAAAGAUUCCCACAUUGUUGCUUUUUCCCAUGAUAUAGUUCCUAGUCCUGUGACUGAGGAUAUGACUUUACCACAAGUAUUACAGAAAAUGUCUGAGGUAUCUAAUAUUCUUAAAAAAAUGGGUAUUCCAUCCAAGUUAAUUGUUUGUGGAAUGACAUCCAGUGGCUUUACUGUUGCAGACCCAGAUGACAGAGGGAUGCUGGAUAUUUGUGGUUUUGAUACAGGAACACCCAUUGUCAUUCAAAACUUCAUUUUGGAUUUGAUCUAAACCUGUGAGCACCCUUUUUUCUAAAGCUAUUAACUUCCUGAAGAAUUGACUGGGACCUAUCAAUUGAAUUAACAAGACUCUAUUAAUUCAAGGCUAAGUUUCAUACCCCUGUUGGAGUGUUAACAUUUUAAAAGAGAUGUAAAAACAGCCAGUGGAAACUCUACUUUCUGAACAUACUGUUUACAUCUGUUGUGCAUAAUUCUAGGUUUCUUAUUGCUUUUUAGAACUAAAUAUGGAAUACAGUGAAUGCUUUUAAUUUUUUAUAUUAGUUUAACUAUGACAAUGUAUUCCAUUACUGAAGAUUUUAUUUU